UUGACCAUUACGAAACAUUCAGUUGUGUAACCUCGAUCGGGUAGCUUUGGUGAUCCCGGGGACUCAGUGGGAAUAGAAUCGCGCGAACAUCAAGAUUGAUUCCAGUGGCCUCAUUCCGGUUCCGUUUUUUUUUGUGUCAAACGUCCUAUUUAUAGAGUGCUUGGUGCCAGGGAAUCCUCGUGAAAGGUAGUAGAACUUGAUCGGACGUUGAGUAAAGUUGGUUGAACAAGGGAGACACAUUAGUGUAAAAGGUGUUUGAAAAAAGUUUAGAAAAAUCAAGGACUGUCGACAUCAUCAAGUUUGUCAACUGAAAGCGGAAAUUAUGAAAUCGUUAUAUGCAUUUCUGCUGCUAACGAUAUGGUUCAUCUGUUCGGUUAGCGCCCUGCCACGAGACAAGGCCACCCAGAAUGAUGGGUCCGGCAAGCUACAAAAGUCGUCUCCGGGACGAAACAUGGUCGGCCAAUCUACCAACGUCAUCACGGCCAGCAUGCUCAAGGGCAGCAUCGAGUCCGGUGCCAAUCAGGUCUUUUCGCCGAUUGGCUUCGCCUCGAUUCUGGCCAUGAUCAGCGAAGGUGCCGCCGGCCAAACGCUGCAGGAGUUCUACGACGUGUUUGGUUUUCCCCAGGAUCGGGAUGCUGUUCGCGGUGCGUUCGAGGAAUCGUUGAAGCGUUUGAACAAGCAGAAUCCUAGCAAAGAGCCGCAGUUCAAGAGCUGGUUCUACAUUUACAAGAACAACACCGUUAAGCCGGACUACCGAACGGUAUUACUCGAGAACUACUACGUAGAUGUGCGGGAUAUCGAACGGAAUGACUACAACUUCGACGAACCGAAGACCUCUGUCGGACCAAUCGAGCAGGGCGCUUCAGACGAACUUGAAGUGGUGGAUUCGGAACAUCCGACAACCAUCGUAGAGCAACAACCGGAACCGACUGAUGGGCCGAGCAACACCAACAGCAAGGACAUCGUCGACUUCGAAACGCUCAAGAUCAAAACUCUCGGAGUAAACUUGGACGCCAGCGUCUUGUCCGACGAAGGAAUCGCUACCAAGUACGACGAGGUGGAAGAUGAAGAAACGAAUCCAAAAUUCGAUGAGAACAUCGACGAUAAGGAAUACGUCGAGCCGACGAAGAUCAAGGAGGAAAUCGCCAAGAAAAAAGACGAACACACCAAUGAAGUGUUGGAAGAGCCGGUUAUCAAGAUUGCCGAAGAACGAGUUGACCGGCUGGAAGUUGAAGAAAUGCCUCAAAAGGUUGCCCUUUCGUUGAAGAAACUCGAGGAAGAGGAGCACGAAAUCAUGCAUGCUGUUGAGAGCCAAGUUUCCAGGAGAAGGUACAACGUGAGAAGGUCAUUCUUGUCCGGGGAUAUCGCUUCGGCGCUUAGCGGCAAUUCUCUGGUAGGAAGGAAAAUCGAUGCCAAAGAGGGAGAUGUGGACAAUCAGAAGGAAUCCAAGAUGCUGCUGUUCAACGGGCUGUACUAUCGGGGAAGCUGGGCCAGUCCGUUCCAGAUGAAAUCCGAAGAGGGCUCGUUCCUAACUAACGGUCAGCGCAGACAGGUAAUGACGAUGCGGACGACCGGGCAAUUCGAUAUCGGCUUUAGCCAGGAGCUGGACGCGAGGUUCAUUCAGCUGCCAUAUAAUAACUCUCGCUACUCGCUGCUGGUGAUGGUGCCGAACAAACCGGACGGCCUCCGAGAGCUGAUCAAGAACUUCAAGAGCAACAGCCUGAGCAGUGCUCAGCUGUCGCUGGCCCCGCAGGCGGUGGAGGUAACGAUGCCCAAGUUCCAGAUCGACACGACCAGCCGGGCGGAGAAAGCCCUAGCCAAGCUGGGACUGAUCACGAUGUUUACGUCGAAGGCCGACCUGUCCGGAAUCACCGAAGAGCAGAAGGUCCACGUCGACGAGCUGGUUCAGCACGUGUCGAUUCGAGUCGACGAAGGAUCCAGCAGUGAGACGGCCCUGUCUGCCUUCAACGCUGUCGAAGCUAAAUCCGGCGAUGUCGAGCUGGCCGAGACUACGGUGCAACCGAUCGAGCCCAAGGAACAGUUCGUCGUCGAUAGGCCGUUUGUGUUUUUCGUGCGGGACACCCUGGACGAUGUGGUGAUUGUGGCCGGGAAAAUCACCGACAUUCCGGAAACGAUGCAGUGAUCGCCUCCUUCCGGGAAGCAUCUCCCAGCAGCCUAGGCUAGUGACAGCAAAGUAUAAAUUAACGUUUUAGUUAAGACCCUCCCUACGUCUUCCUUUAGGACUCAUUUUUAGAAACCUUACCCAGACAUUUGAAGUUGCAUUCAUCAGCAUUUCAGGGUAGUCUUCGUUCCAUUUUAGCGUCAUUUUUAUUUAUCUUCCUUGCCAUUGCAACGAAAAACAAAUCAGCACAGCUUCACAGGAACCAUACUUCGCACAACUUUCCACGUUAGUCAACUCUGAAAAUCGAAGUUAUUCAAAUACAUCGAAUCAUCAUGACUAGAAGAAGGAAUUUAAAACUUGAAGAAAAUUUUAUUCUGAAAAACAUACAUCGAAUAAUAAUUAACCUGAAGACAUCGAAAAAUUUUCGUCUGAAAUUAAUAAAACAACAUUAAAGGAUUUCGCAUCUUGUAGAGCUCUAUCACAAGAUGGCGAUAAUUUGCAAUCGAAAAUAAAACGUAUGACGAAACGUAUCGGUACAGUAAGAACCCACGAUGGACAAACAACAACAUUAGUCUAAUUAAUCUUUCCAAGAUACGGGUAAACUAUUUUGGAAUUGAGUUAAAUAAGAACGACACGCAUAAAGGGUUCCCGAUGUCAUAAACACAAAAGUCGAUAGGGAUUUUCAGAGUUGCAACCACAAUUCCACACAAAUACACAUCAUGAUCAUUCUCGGUAUUGAUGAAUGCAGUUUCGAUUUAUUUGUUUAGAAAAAAGUAUCAGUACAAGUAUGAUAAAAAUACUCUCGAAUCUUAGAAAGCAAACAAAAACUAGCCAGCAUCAUUUUCGUCGCACCCAAAUCUGCCACCAUGGAGUAGUUGUAACGCAUAGAUUAUACUAUACGAUAUGAAUAAAUUAUUUUAAUCUGAAA